UCUCUCCCUUAUACUGAUGGUUGAAUAUAGUGCCUUGAUAUAGCACAGUUUUGUAAGUCAAGGAGUUUUCACCCACUCCUCCUUGGUUCUUUUCUGGGUAGGUUAUUUGUUGUUUUGGUACUAUUACAAAAGCUGUAGAAUAACCUUUCCUAAGCAGAGGUGUCUGAAAAGCCCUUGUGUAGCUAGACAUCCCUGUUACCUAACCUGACUUUUAUGUUUCAUGGCAAAUAAAAUCUGUUUCAACAAGUGUUGCAGUUAGAGUAGUCAGUGACCCCUUAGACUUGCUAUUGGAAUUGGCUUUGCUGAAAGUAUUCACUCUGAGUAGUGUGACAAACAAAACAGGAGAUAAUUAGAAAAAUGUUGUAGAUAGUCAUGGUCUUGAUUUUCCUGAAAUACUAUUCCUCAGGUCUUGCAUUCAGUUUGGUUUCAUUGAAAUACAAGCUCAAGACCCACCACAAAUUUUUGAAGGUGAGCAGACGGCCAGAAUUGAGGCUUGGUAUGAUCUGAAAUGUUUGUACUGUGCACAUUAGUUAUCUUGAUAGUGACCAGUCCAUUAUGUGUGAAUGAAAUUAAUAGUAUUAGUAGUCAGUCAUAAAUCCUUAUGUAUUAAUAAGAAACCCUCAGGUCUAGGUCCUUAGGCUACAGACUGAGCAGUCUUCUGCCUUUAGGUGAAAAGUUAACCAUUUUACUGUAAGGAACCAACGCAUCAGUGGAGUGGCCUGACUACUGUUGAAUUCGAAGCAUCUGAAAUAUUCCUUAAAUAGUUUUGUGAAUACUAAAUGGAGACAAGCUUGCAGAGGGACUGAUGAGGCUGUUUAAUGUACAGAAACAAUUCAAAGUACUUGGUUUUACUGGAGGGAGACUUUUAUAAUAAAUUGGUAAAGUAAGAUAAUUUUGGAGAAGGGAAUAAAGAGGUAUUUGAGUCUACAAGUCUCUUAAUCACUGCUCAGAAAACUAAAGUGUCAAUGCACACCUAGAUUAAGCCUUUGUAUGCACAUGUAGAUUAAGCCUUUGUUUUCUAGAAUUGUCUGUGUUAACUGAAUCAGUAGAAAUCAUCUAUAAGAUUAGGAAAAAGUUUCAGAGUUUUCCUUUAGCUAGUUUCCCUUACCUGUACUAGUUUUCAUGUGUUUCACAAGCUUAAGCAGGGUCUGCCCAUGUCGUAAUAGCUAAUGUAAUAGCUGAUUGUGUGGUAACUUGAAUGGUGAGGUUUUGAGUAACAAAUACUGACCACCUAGUACUCGUGACUCCUGACAACAACACAGAAAAGGAAAUCUGAGAAGCAAUUCUGUUGAGAUGAGUCAGAUACCAGGAAAGAAGUUAAAUGGAACAAGUGAGUAACAGAUGCUGUUCAGUUGUUUGGGUGGAAUGUGAUUUUCUGAUUUACCAAAAAGGACGGUGCAUGUGUUCUUUGCUAGAUUUCUCAUUGCUGAUUCAAUGAUACUGUGCUUGUACCCAAAGUCCUUUUUUUCUAAAAAAAAAAAAAAAAGCUCCUCUAUCAGUCAAAACCUUGAGGGGGUGAGAAAGAAUAAAGAGGUGGGGGAGCCAGAGGAAGACAGACACAGCUGUUGAUUGGGAACAAAAGGGGAAAGACAUUUUUGACUUUUUCUAUAGCCUUUGUUUGAAAGUUAUAGAAUUACUUUGUUCCUCUGCACUUGUAAUCAAUGAAACACUGUAGUAACAUUAACUCUGUGCCUUGGAGUAUGUUAAAGUCCUAAGGAAAAGGUAAGAAACAAAAGCAGUCACUCAUCUGCUUUAGCAAGACAAGGAUUUCUUUUGUUUUAGCAAGAGCAGGUAAGGAACAGUUAAAUGAGAAGUCCUUACAGAAGUUAAUUCAGAGAAGUACCUCUGUAGGGUUACCAAUCUAAUGAAAAGGACUGUGUUAUUCAGGUUUUCCUAAGGGCUGUUUCUGUUUAAUAAAAGUCACAUCCCUGCUCUGAAAUGAGAGUAUGUGACUGCCUUUGGUGUCAGAGGGGCCUAGAACUACUUUCCAUGUAACUUUAACAUCUAUUUUUUAAAAAAAAUUACUGAUUUAAAACCAAACAUCCCCAAAAAAUUGACAUCUACAAAGUAAGAUCAUCUUGGAAUGGUGUUUAGCAUAUCAUGGAAAUGUUCCGCCUUAAUAAUGAAGAUAAUGUCACACACUGCAUGGCACUUUCUACCUUCCGAAAUAGCAACAGUUCAGCCUGAGCCAUUACAGGGUGUCAUUAGCUCCUGCUGACUUCCAAACAAAAUAGAAUAAAUCUGGGUGCAGAUCGCCUGUUCUUGCUUCCCAGCCCCCUUCCCUGAAUUUAGGGAGCAAUGAACUUAGGUACUGUUCCAUCAUCUCCUCAGCCAACCGUGAUGUCAUUGUGAAAGCACAUACCUAAGCAGUCAUGUGGAAAACAGAAUGCUGCCCAUCGUAGUAAAGGAGAGCUUGUGCUUAGUAGGAAUGGGAUAACUAAGGAGUUCUGCAAAAGGGAACCCUGGCAUGGAACUGGAGGGUUGGAUUCGAUAAUCCUUCUGCCUGAAGUCAAGAUCUGGCUCCUACAACCUGUGGAAAACAUUCUGAACAAGAUGUUCUGAAACAGCUAGGGAAAAAAUCUAACUGGAAGCAGAGGAUUUUGUUAAUAUUUUUCAAUCAGCCAAGCAGGUCACAAAAGCUCUGAAGGAGGGCCACCCUCUUCCACCUCCUCCCCCGCCAAGAAUGAAUCCAGACUAUAUUCAGUGUCCACACUGCUCACAGAGGUUUCGUGAGGCUGCAGCACAGAGGCACAUGGAGUUUUCUGAAGAACAAACUGUCUACCAUGCUGCAAAGACCACUGGACAGGCUUCGGACAAGCAGCCAUUGACUCAGAGGAAAACUCCAACAUUAACACCUGCUGUGUUAUCGCUUCUGGAGAGAGUACAAAAAGGUGCCAACACAGACAAACCUAGCCUAGAGAUCUCUUUAGAAAUACUGAAGAAAACUGCAAAAUGUUGGGGUGUAUCUACUGGGAAAAAUUCUUCAGGAAAGUUUGGGAAAUAGCAAGUAUAUGUCUUGUUGCUGCUUUUAGACCACAAAUGGACAACAGAAGAUAGAGUGGCUGGUUGGCGAGGAUGUGUUAAGGCUUUCUUCUAACACGUUAUGGAAGAUCUCAAGCAACACAAUUUUCCAGUACCACUUCUGCCUGAAGUUCUACAGCUACCACGUUCAAUAAACUAAGCAAACUGAAA